GCUUAGGUGUCCUCCCCGGCGGCGGGCUGCUCCCCGCCCAGCGCUACCCGCGAGGAAUCGACAAUGCCAGGAUCAGGCUGAGCAGGCGCCGCCGGCCGGUCCGCUCUUGCGAGGUCAAGUCCGAGGGCGCGGGCUUGGACCCCCGAGCCCCGGCCCCGGAGUCCGCGCACCGCACACCGCGCGCAUGGACGCGCCGGGGGACCCGGAGGGCCCACGCCUCCCUAGAGGUGACCGAGAGCGGCGCGGACAGACACCCCUCGGUGGCGUGGGUCCUGUCUCCUUUAUCGACGAUUGAACUCGCGUUAGCUUGAAGUUUUACAAAGAUUCUUGAGACUUCCUCAUCUUGCACAGAUUUUUUUCCCCCCUGGACUGCAUUGGCAACCUCUGAAAAGUAGAUCAAACGAAGUGAUGACCCUCCAGGAAGUGCAAGAGAGACCCCCAGACAGCUUUCGAGAGAACAGCUCUUUGUACUGAUAUCAGCAGCUUCCAUUAACUUGGGUUCUAUGAUGUGCUAUUCUAUCCUUGGACCCUUUUUCCCCAAGGAGUUUCCCCAACGCCAUUUGUUGAAGAGAUGAUCCUUUCUUCAUUGUGUCCUUGACACCCUUGUGGAAGAUCAUGCUGAAAAGAAAGGAGUCAGCAAUACAGUUACUGGUAUGAUCUUUGGAUGUUACGCUUUGUUUGACUUGCUGGCAUCUUUGGUAUUUGGAAAAUAUCUUGUACAGAUUGGAGCAAAAUUUAUGUUUGUAGCAGGAAUGUUUGUCUCAGGAGGAGUUACAGUUCUCUUUGGUAUAUUGGAUCAAGUUCCGGAAGGACCGAUAUUUAUUGCUAUGUGUUUUCUAGUGAGAGUGGCAGAUGCGGUCAGCUUUGCGGCAGCAAUAACUGCUUCUUUUUCCAUUCUCGUAAAGGCUUUUCCAAAUAAUGUGGCUACGGUGUUGGGAAGUCUUGAGAUUUUUUCUGGACUGGGACUAGUGUUAGGGCCUCCUUUAGGUGGCUUCUUGUAUCAAUCCUUUGGCUAUGAGGUGCCUUUUAUUUUUCUGGGAUGCAUAGUUCUGCUGAUGGUACCACUCAACAUGUACAUUUUACCUAAUUAUGACUCUGAUCCAGGUAAACACUCAUUCUGGAAACUCAUCACGUUACCCAAGGUUGCUCUCAUAGCCUUCGUUAUCAACUCGCUCAGCGCAUGCUUUGGGUUCCUUGAUCCGACUCUGUCUCUCUUUGUUCUGGAGAAGUUUAAUUUACCAGCUGGAUAUGUGGGACUGGUAUUCCUGGGUUUGGCACUAUCCUACGCCAUUUCUUCACCAUUGUUUGGUCUGCUAAGUGAUAAAAUACCACAUCUAAGGAAAUGGUUUCUGGUUUGGGGAAACAUAAUCACGGCAGGAUGCUACAUGCUCUUAGGACCUAUCCCAAUCUUGCACAUUAAAAGUCAGCUCUGGCUCCUGGUGCUAAUAUUAGUCCUGAACGGCAUCUCUGCUGGCAUGAGUAUAAUUCCAACUAUCCCGGAGAUCCUCAGUUGUGCAUAUGAAAAUGGCUUUGAAGAGGGAUUAAGUACCUUGGGACUCGUGUCCGGUCUCUUCAGUGCAAUGUGGUCAGUUGGUGCUUUUAUAGGACCGACCCUGGGUGGAUUUCUGUACGAGAAAAUUGGUUUUGAAUGGGCAGCUGCUGUACAAGGUCUUUGGUCUCUGACAAGUGGACUAACGAUGGGCUUGUUUUAUCUGUGGGAGCACUCACGGAGAAGAAGAACUAAACUCCAAAACAUCCCGGGCACAGAGGAGGAACGGACUGCUCUCUUACCUGAUGAAAUCUAGCCUUAAGAAUCCUGGAUCGAAACCCAUUGGGAGAUGGAUGUUCCUGGCCUUGAACAUCAAAGUUAAAAGGGUUUUCUUAAUGCUACACACGAAACUCCACGGACUCAAUACCAGCAUCCUCAAAGUCUCAAUGUAUUUUUGGAUUAUCAUGUGUUGGGCUGUCCUGAAAAUCUGGCCUGCUAAACCAACUAUAUUUGCAACAUUAUGUAUGAGAAGAGCAGUUGAAAAUCAAAAGUUUGUGUUUUGAGGCUAUCAGAUUUGGCCUUGAAGAGGUUAUUGACUCUAGGUCUCCUGUUUCCUCUGUUUACUUUUUAAGCGCACUAAUUCUGUGAAUGUACCUUUUCUUUAUUAACAGGGAAAUAAAUGAUUAAUUUGAUAUGCUUGAAAGUAAUAUAAAGAUUACUCAAAAUGUAUAGAAUAAUUAAUGUGAAAUCAGUUUUUAAAAGACAUGCUUUCUCUGUGUCCUAAGAUUUUUGUUCUUCUUCAAAAGGCAAAAUUCCUGCCUCCCAUGCAAAAACUCUAUAAAAUUCCCAGGCCCUCAGCUUUUCUAGAAGUUUUGUUUGUGUGAGAGGUAUAAGAAUAACAUUACUUCAGACUUCCCUUUUUGUAACAUGCUUUGAAUUAGGAUCUGGAUUUAUAAACAAUGCUCAGUUAACGUUGUUCAUUUUCCCUAAUGUCCCUAUUUCAGUUCUACCACCUGUUCAUCUGACUUUGUGUGAAAUCCAUGCUGGUGCUUGAAAUGAGUGAAUCCCUCUUGUGUCGUUCUCAUACCUCCUGAUGCGUUUUCAUGCUGUAGUAGCCACAUUUACAAUUUUUUUUUUUAAUAAAAGAAAUGGUUUGAUCUAUAUAUUCAAAAAUA